UGCGCGCGUGUGUGAGCGUGACACUGUGGGGCCGUGGCCCAGCACGGAGCGGGGGGACCCUGCUGCUGGCGGCGGCCUGCGCGCCGCUCCCGGGGCGGGGAUUUCGCUGGGUGAUUGCCCUGCUCGUGAGAGCGGACUUGGGCUCCCUGCGUCCAGGAGGCUGCUGGGCCGUGUAGCUGUCAGACACGUACUCUGCGGGGACUUUAGUCGGAAGGUUGCAGCUGAUUCCGGGAUGGUACAGGAAAUAAAGAAUGCUGACAGGAGAACCAUUUUUUUAAUUGCCAUUUGUGAAGUUGGUUGCCAUGAUGGAUGAUCAGCAGGCUUUGAACUCAAUCAUGCAAGAUUUGGCUGUCCUUCACAAGGCCAGUAGACCAGCAUUAUCCUUACAGGAAACCAGAAAAGCAAAAUCUUCAUCACCAAAAAAACAGAACGAUGUCCGUGUCAAAUUUGAACAUAGGGGAGAAAAAAGAAUCCUUCAGUUCCCCAGACCAGUUAAAUUGGAAGAUCUGAAGUCUAAAGCUAAAAUUGCCUUUGGACAGUCUAUGGAUCUACAUUACACCAAUAACGAGUUGGUGAUUCCAUUGACUACCCAGGAUGACUUGGACAGAGCUGUGGAACUCUUGGAUCGUAGUAUUCAUAUGAAGAGCCUGAAGAUAUUACUUGUAAUAAAUGGAAGUACGCAGGCUCCUAACUUAGAGCCAUUGCCAUCACUAGAAGAUUUGGAUAACACAGUAUUUGGAGGAGAGAGGAAAAAACGGCAUUCUAUGAUAGGUCCCACUAAUAGAGAUAGAAGUUCCCCUCCCCCAGGAUACAUUCCAGAUGAAUUACACCAGGUGGCCCGGAAUGGAUCAUUCACUAGCAUCAACAGUGAAGGAGAGUUCAUUCCAGAGAGCAUGGAUCAAAUGCUGGAUCCAUUAUCUUUAAGUAGCCCUGAAAAUUCUGGCUCAGGAAGUUGUCCAUCACUUGACAGUCCUUUGGAUGGAGAGAGCUAUCCAAAAUCACGAAUGCCUAGGGCACAGAGCUACCCAGAUAAUCGUCAAGAGUUUUCAGACUAUGAUAACCCUAUCUUUGAGAAAUUUGGAAAAGGAGGAACAUACCCAAGAAGGUAUCAUGUUUCAUAUCAUCAUCAGGAGUAUAAUGAUGGUCGUAAAACUUUUCCAAGAGCUAGAAGGACCCAGGGGACCAGCUUUCGGUCUCCUGUGAGUUUUAGCCCCACCGAUCACUCAUUAAGCACUAGUAGUGGGAGCAGCAUCUUCACCCCGGAAUAUGAUGAGAGUCGAAUAAGAAGGAGGGGAAGCGACAUAGACAAUCCUACUCUGACUGUGAUGGACAUCAGCCCGCCCAGCCGAUCACCUCGCGCUCCAACCAACUGGAGAUUGGGCAAACUGCUCGGCCAAGGAGCCUUUGGCAGGGUCUACCUCUGUUACGAUGUUGAUACAGGAAGAGAACUGGCUGUUAAGCAAGUCCAGUUUGAUCCCGAUAGUCCUGAGACCAGCAAGGAGGUGAAUGCACUUGAGUGUGAAAUUCAGUUGUUGAAAAACUUGCUGCAUGAACGAAUUGUUCAGUAUUAUGGCUGUUUGAGGGAUCCCCAGGAAAAAACACUUUCUAUAUUUAUGGAAUAUAUGCCAGGGGGCUCAAUUAAGGACCAAUUAAAAGCAUAUGGAGCUCUUACUGAGAAUGUGACUAGGAAAUAUACACGUCAGAUUCUGGAGGGUGUCCAUUAUUUGCACAGUAAUAUGAUUGUCCAUAGAGAUAUCAAAGGUGCAAAUAUCCUGCGAGACUCAACAGGUAACGUUAAACUAGGAGAUUUUGGGGCCAGCAAACGGCUUCAGACCAUCUGCCUCUCGGGAACGGGAAUGAAGUCUGUCACAGGGACACCAUACUGGAUGAGCCCUGAAGUCAUCAGCGGAGAAGGCUAUGGCAGAAAAGCAGAUAUCUGGAGUGUAGCAUGUACUGUAGUAGAAAUGCUAACUGAAAAACCUCCGUGGGCUGAAUUUGAAGCAAUGGCUGCCAUCUUUAAGAUCGCCACUCAGCCAACAAACCCAAAGCUGCCACCUCAUGUCUCGGAUUAUACUCGAGACUUUCUCAAACGGAUUUUUGUAGAGGCCAAACUGAGACCUUCAGCUGAUGAACUCUUAAGGCACAUGUUUGUGCAUUAUCACUAGGAGCUGGUGACCUCUCCUGUGCCUCCACCCAGCUCCCAUCUGUUCAUUCACCUCUCUCUCACUGCACUUUUCUUUUUUAUGAAAAAGAGAGAUGGGGGAGGAAAAAGACAAGAGGGAAGAUAUUUCUCUUGAUUGUUGGUUAAAUUUGUUUAAUAAUAAUAGUAACCUAAAUUUUUUAUAUUUAAUCUUUUUUUUCCCCUCACAAGAACUUGAAACUUCUUUUUUUAAAACUUUUUAUAAUGUACUGAUGUGGUUAAGAGAGAUAAAGCACUUUAGUACACAGUCACUCUUUCUAGUACAAACAAAUCAUUUGGAAUACCUAAAGAUUGUAGAGUCUUUCCCAGCAUCACAGAUUGGUGGUGAUGGGGAGAUGUGGAAGAGGAGGAGAAAAAGUAAUGUACAGUUUAUAGUUUUUAGUGAUAGUAUUUAAAAUAGUUCCUCAUUUGUGGAGUUGAGCCCUAAACUUAAAUUUAGGGUAGGUACUCAACCUAAAGAAUAUUGGUUCCUUUUUAUCUGUAUUCUUUAGAUCUUAACCUCUGUCUACCAAGCUUUUUGCUCAGUAGGAAUCUGGGUAGAAGAUACGAAUCUCUAAGAGGUAUGUUUAUUUGUUAAUCUUAACCAUAUAGUAAGCAGAUACAAGAUAAUAGAUCCAUGUUACUGGAAUCUAUUGACUUGAGGGGUGGCUUUCUGCUUAAAAAAAGAUAAAAUUUAUUUUAAAGCAGAUAUGGGAACUCCAUGAGUAAUUUCAGCUAAAAGACACAAUUGGUCUCAUUAAAUGUGUGAACAGAAAAGACCACAUUUGCCAGUAAACAGAAAUAAUGAAAAAAAGAACAAAGUAUUGAUUAGUAUAUUUUAAACUGUUCUUUUUGUGAGGGGGAAUGUCCUAAAAUUAAGGAAAUUGAGAAAUAAUAAAAAUCAUGUAUACUCUU